AUGUCGUCCAAGUCGCAAUUGACCUAUGGCGCCCGCGCCAGCUCGCACCCCAACCCCCUGGCUCGCAAGCUCUUCCAAGUCGCUGAAGAGAAGAAGAGCAACGUGACUGUCUCAGCCGACGUCACCACGACAAAGGAGCUCCUCGACCUGGCCGACCGCCUGGGCCCGUACAUCGCAGUGAUCAAGACACACAUCGACAUCCUCUCAGACUUCAGCCAAGAAACAAUCGACGGCCUCAACGCGCUAGCAGCCAAGCACAACUUCCUAAUCUUCGAGGACCGCAAAUUCAUCGACAUCGGCAACACAGUCCAAAAGCAAUACCACAACGGAACCCUCCGCAUCUCAGAAUGGGCCCACAUAAUCAACUGCUCGAUCCUGCCCGGCGAAGGCAUUGUCGAAGCCCUCGCGCAAACAGCCCAAGCAACUGACUUCCCCUACGGCAGUGAACGCGGCCUCCUCAUCCUCGCCGAGAUGACCUCCAAGGGCUCCCUCGCUACAGGCGCCUACACCUCGGCCUCCGUCGACAUCGCACGCAAAUACCCCAGUUUCGUCCUUGGCUUUGUGUCGACCCGCUCGCUUGGCGAGGUCGAGGCUGAGGUUCAGCCUGUGGACGAUGAGGACUUUGUUGUCUUUACUACUGGUGUCAAUCUCUCUUCUAAGGGUGAUAAGCUUGGUCAGCAGUAUCAGACGCCUCAGUCAGCUGUUGGUCGUGGUGCUGACUUUAUUAUCUCUGGUCGCGGUAUCUAUGCUGCUGCUGAUCCUGUUGAGGCGGCUCGUCAGUACCAGCUGCAGGGUUGGGAGGCGUAUCUGGCCCGUGUUGGGGGGCAGUAA